CCGCCGCCCAGGGGAGCCGCCGUUGUCUCUUCAGGGGCUGCUACGUCGCCGCCCGCCUCCCGCGUCCCUCCCGGCCGUCCCCUGCGCUCCGCUCGUUCUCACAGCUCCGUGGUGUCCGCGGCGGGCGCUCGUGGGGUCGGGACCCGCCCGUGCAAAAUCCGCCGUCCCUCCCGCGUCCCCCGUAGCACGGGCGCGGUGGUGCGGGCCGGGGCGGGACGCGGGGCGGAAGCGGCGCCGUGGCUCAGGCGGCGGGCGGCAUCAUGGCGGCGCCGGGCCUGCGGCUGCGCCUGGCGGCGGCUUUCAACCUCCUCCUCCUCCUCGCCGGUGCCCAGGCCCUGGCCCCCAGCCACCGCCUCACCGCCCGCGACCUGGCCCGGCUGAGGGCGGCGCUGGAGCGGCCCUUCGCCGACCUGCAGGCCGCCUUCUACUCCAUCGUGGGCCUCGACAGCCUGGGGGUGCGGGUGGCGGACGAAAAGGCUGCAUGCAUUUUCAUCAAAUCUCAUGUGGACUCCAGCAGUGUUGACUCCCUCUUCUACGCUGCACAGUCCAUCCGGGUCCUGUCUGGCUGUGAGGUUACCAUUUCAAAUGAGACCAGGGAGCUGCUGCUUGCAGCUGUCAGUGAGGACUCCUCAGUCACCCAGAUCUUCCACGCCGUUGGGGCCCUGAGUGGCUUUGGCCUCCCUUUGGCAUCUCAGGAAGCACUCGCUGCUCUCACUGCUCGACUUAGCAAAGAAGAAAAUGUGCUGGCAACCAUCCAAGCUUUGGAGACGGCAUCUUACUUGUCCCAGCAGGCAGAUCUAAGUGGGAUCGUUGAGGAGAUAGAGGAUCUUGUUGCUCGCCUGGAUGACUUGGGUGGAGUUUAUCUGCAGUUUGAAGAAGGAAUUGAGACUACCGCGCUGUUUGUUGCUGCUGCCUAUAAGCUGUCAGACCAUGUGGGUACAGAGCCAGCAAUGAAGGAGGAUCAAAUUAUCCAGUUGAUGAAUGCGAUUUUUAGCAAGAAAAACUUUGAGACACUCUCAGAAGCCUUCAGCGUUGCGUGUGCCGCAGGUUCUUUAUCCCGGAACCGCUACCAUUUGCCUGUCAUUAUUGUCCCUGAUGGGCCUGCAGCUGUGUCUCACCAUCAGCCUGUACUCAGGCUACAAGUGACCGAUGUUAUGUCCCAGCCACUGACUCAAGCUUCUGUAAAGCUUGACUAUGCCAAGUCUGCAUCUAGCAAAGCCACUGUCCUUCAGCAGACAGCAUUUGCUCUGUCAGGAGAUGUUUUUGAGCUGAACUUCAUGAAUGUGAAACCUGCAAGUGGAUAUUACGACUUCUCUAUCAGUGUUGAUGGAGAUAAGCGAUUUAUUGCUAACAAAGUUGAGCUGAAAGUGAAAGUUUCAACAGAAGUUGGGAUUACUAAUGUAGAUCUUUCUACUGUGGAUAGAGAUCAGAGCAUUGCACCAAAAACAACCAGGGUAGCUUACCCAGCCAAAGCCAAGGGCUCAUUCACUGCUGACAGCCAUCAGAACUUUGCUUUAUCCUUCCAGCUGAUAGACGUGAACAGUGGAGCUGAACUCAUCCCUCACCAGACUUUCGUCCGACUUCACAACCAAAAGACUGGCCAGGAGGUAGUGUUUGUUGCAGAACCCGAUAGCAAGAAUGUAUAUAAGUUUGAACUGGAUACCUCUGAAAGAAAGACUGAAUUCGACUCUGCCUCUGGUACCUACACUCUUUACUUGAUAAUUGGAGAUGCCACUCUGGAAAACCCAAUCCUGUGGAAUGUGGCUGAUGUUGUGAUCAAAUUCCCAGAAGAGGAUGCACCAUCCACAGUCCAGUCCAAGAACCUCUUUGUUCCCAAACCUGAAAUCCAGCACCUCUUCAGGGAACCUGAGAAGAGGCCUCCCACUGUGGUAUCUAACACUUUCACAGCAUUGAUUCUCUCCCCUCUGCUUUUGCUGCUCAUUCUGUGGCUAAAGAUAGGUGCCAACAUCUCCAACUUCAGCUUUGCUCCCAGCACCAUUGUUUUUCACAUGGGACAUGCCGCAAUGUUGGGACUCAUGUAUGUCUACUGGACUCAGCUCAACAUGUUCCAGACUCUGAAGUACUUGGCAAUUUUGGGUGGCAUCACAUUCCUGGCAGGCAACAGGAUGCUGGCUCAGAAAGCAGUAAAACGGAUCGCUGCAGAGCAGAGCAGUAGGUUGGCAAAGUAUAGAACACUGCGGUAAAAAGGGGGUUUUGCUAGUGACCAGCUCUUCUAGAAGACACACUAGUACCAGAAGAAUGGAAGAAAUGGGGAAAAACAAAGCAAAUGCCUUCAGAACAGAAGUGAAUAAAUAACUGAAAGACCAGAAGAAGGAAGGCAGAAGCAGAUUUUUUUAUAUAUAUAUUAAGUCAAAAGGGUGCCAGUUAUACUUUUUUAAAAAUCUGAUUUUCAUCGUUGUGUUCAUGUUACUUGAGUGCUUUUCAUAUGAAUCCGGAAAAUCCUUUCUUCCCUAGAUCCUCCCUCCUUUUUCUCCCAGGACGUUUUAAUUUCCUUUAGAACACGAGGAAAAAGAAAAUACAAUUCUGCCUUUCCCUAGGUGCCCUCUCCUCAACCUAAAUGAUCUGUGAAUAAAGAGGAAAGAAUGGUCCUGAA